UCAAGAGAACGAAGAAGCAAAGGAGGAGAAGGAGAAGAAGAGAGCAGGAAAAACCCAAAAGCAAAAGCGAAGUAUCGCUUCUGACCCAUCGUAGGUUGUUCGAAUUGGACUCAAUGGAGUGGAAGAGAGGAAAAUCCAUCGGAAGGGGGAGCUUUUGCUCUGUGAAUUUAGCGAUUCCGGCGGGAGGUUGUUGCAGUCUGGUUGAGGAGCCUCAGUUAAUGGCGGUGAAAUCAGCUGCUAUUUCUGAGUGUUCUUCGCUUCAGAGGGAAAGAGAGAUUCUAGCCCGUUUCAUAGAUUGUCCCCAAAUCGUUCGUUGUCUCGGAGACGAUCACACAAUCGAAAAAGGUCAGGAAUUUUACAAUGUGUUCUUGGAGUAUGCCUCCAGAGGUACUCUGGCGGGUCUAAUCAAGGAAUCCGGUGGAGCUUUGCUCGAAUCAGAUGUGAGGCGUUACACGAGGUCGAUUCUCACUGGGCUUCGUUGCAUUCACGAGAAGGGUUUCGUACACUGCGACAUCAAGCUUCAGAACAUCCUAAUCUACUCUUCCCCAGACGGGACCGAUGACGUCAAGAUCGCCGAUUUCGGAUUGGCGAAGAAGGCUGAAGAAGUGGAGAAGCUAAACUUGAGGGGCACGCCUCUCUAUAUGUCACCUGAAUCCAUUGCCUGCAACGAGCAUGAGGCGCCGGGUGAUGUGUGGUCGCUUGGUUGUGCCGUGGCGGAGAUGGUGAUUGGAAGACCGGCAUGGAAGUGCAGAGCAGAUUCCGACGUCAGCGCUCUCUUGUUUCGAAUUGCGUUCGGGGAGGAAUUGCCGGAGAUUCCAGAGGAGAUGUCGGAACAGGGGAAGGACUUCUUGCGGAGAUGUUUUGUGAGGGAUCCAUCAAAGAGAUGGACGGCUGAGAUGUUGUUGAAUCAUCCCUUUGUAGCUGACAACACUGUUUCAUUGCCUCAAUCUGACAAACCAUCUUCUUCUCGAUCUCCAAGGAGUGCUUUCGAUUUUCCAGAGUGGAGGUGCUCCACACAAUCUUCCCUUUUCAGUUCAAUCUCUUCUUGUUCACUGUCACCGGACUCCUAUUCUUGUGAACAAGGAAUAUCUGGCCAACCCAAUUUCUAUUCUUCUUCUCCUGUCGAUCGAAUUCGGAAGCUCGCGACGCAGAAAUUUCCAAAUUGGGGAUCUUCAGAUAGUUGGAUUCUUGUUCGGCAAGGUCAAGCAGAAGCAGAGUCGUCGUCCUCCCCUGUUUUCUCAUAGAAGGGCUGAAGGGGGUGGAGGAACAGAGGAGGGGGAGGUUUUUCAAGCCACCGGAAUUCCGGUGGUCCGAUCCCUUUGAUUUUUUUCGGAAACUAUUGUAAAUUAGUUAGGAAAGUAACAGAUACAUACUGGCCGUCAGAUUGAUGGGUCCAUGUGAAGAUUCUAUUUGUACAGUUAUUACCAUAGUAGUUGAAUAUUAGAACAAAAGAUCCGCAUAUCUGUUGUUGGAUGGGCCCCAC